AUGGCGGCAAAUGUGGUGAAGAAAUUGAGCCUUGUUGUGAGGGAAAAUCCACACCCUUAUAAACUAAGUUGGCUUGAUGACACAGGACUAAAGGUAAAGAAACUAGCGCUACUUUCUUUCUCAAUUGGAAGCUACAAAGAUGAGCUAUGGUGUGAUGUACUUCCUAUGAGUGCUUGUCAUGUUUUACUAGGGAGACCAUGGCAAUUUGAUAGAAAGGUGAUUCAUGAAGGAGACUCCAACGUGUAUUCUGUUUUGGUUGGGAGAAAGAGGGUAAGAUUGCAUCCUUUGGCUCCUAGUGACGUGAUCCACAAGAAAGAAGAAAGAAGGUCUAGUGCGUCGCUUUCAAGCAAGGAGUUCGAGAAAGAGGUGGAAGAAGAGGGACUAUGCUAUAAUCUGUUUGUAAGGCACGCUAUGGUUAGUGAGAAAAGGCCAUGUGAGCCGAAGCUUGAUGCGCUCAUGGAGGAGUUUAGAGAUGUAUUUCCAGAAGAAUUACCACAAGAAAUGCCACCUUUGAGAGGUAUUGAGCACGCUAUAGACUUGGUUCCGGGAGCUCCUCUACCCAACAAACCAGCUUAUAGAUGUGAUCCAAGCGCGUGA